AAUAUAACUCAUUUUCCUUAAUACUAAUCAAUAACCAUAAACCAUAAUUACAACACUUCUCCUCUUCCAUGGUCUUCAACACCACAUUCCAAACUCACCUCUACCACACAUUUUCAUAAACUUCACUCUCAUCACAAAUUAAAACACACUACACUUACUCCUUUUACCAUAAACAAGCUCUUCUUCUCAUCCCUACUAUUCAUCACCAUCUCCAUGCUAACCUUCAUACUACCUCACAACCAACAUAAUCUCUUCAUCUACAUAAUCAUCUCCUUCACCAUAAACUCUCAAAAUCUCACAUAAAAUCACCACAAGACCACACUUGUUAUACUCUCCAAAUCUCACCUAAAACCACCAUUGUGAAAAUCAUUCCCAGCUGCCAGAGAAAGUAAAAUUUCCCACACCACCACGACCAUCUCCGGCAACACCAACAUCCACCGCUUCCAUCGUGAGCAGCUCCGACCGCCGUGCGUUUCCGUUUGUCUUUCUCCUAGUCGCAAUACCGCCAUUACACGAGACACAGUGCAGCUCUAUAGUAGAAGAAGUGAAAAUGGAAGAAGAGAUCAAGAAGAGCCUCUUGCAGCAUCAAAACACAUCAGAGGAGGAGGAAGAGCCAUUGAGGAAAAGAGUAUGGCAAGAAAGCAAGAAGAUGUGGAAAGUAGCAGGUCCUGCCAUAUUCAAUAGAUUUUCAACAUUUGGAAUCACUGUAGUUAGCCAAUCCUUCAUUGGUCACAUUGGCCCUACUGAACUAGCUGCCUAUGCCAUUGUUAUGACUGUCCUAGUCAGAUUUGCUAAUGGUGUUUUGUUGGGUAUGGCGAGUGCGUUGGAAACUCUCUGUGGACAAGCAUAUGGAGCAAAGCAAUACGAUAUGCUUGGAGUUUAUCUUCAAAGAUCAUGGAUAGUUAUAUUCACAGCCUCACUUUUUCUUCUUCCAAUUUACAUUUUCACAAUUCCAAUAUUAGAGGCACUUGGCCAAGAUAAAAACAUUGCAAUAGUUGCUGGAAGCAUUUCCUUAUGGUCUAUCGGUAUCGUAUUUGCUUUCAGCGUCUCAUUCACUUGUCAAAUGUUUCUACAAGCACAAAGCAAGAACAAGAUUAUUGCUUACCUUGCAGCAGUUUCGAUUUCACUUCAUGUUUUUCUAUCAUGGCUUUUAACUGUUAAGUUCAAGUUCGGACUUAAUGGCGCAAUGACAUCGAUCCUUUUGGCUUAUUGGAUACCGAAUUUAGGCCAACUUAUUUAUAUCCUCAAAAAGUGUCCUGAUACAUGGAAGGGUUUCUCAUUUUUGGCUUUCAAAGAUCUUUGGUCUGUUACCAAACUUUCUUUGUCUUCUGGAGCUAUGGUAUGUCUUGAAGUAUGGUACACCACAAUUUUGAUUCUUCUAACAGGAAACAUGAAAAAUGCUGAGAUUGCUAUUGAUGCUUUGUCGAUAUGCAUGAACAUCAAUGGAUGGGAAAUGAUGAUAUCACUUGGUUUCAUGGCUGCAGCUAGUGUUAGGGUUUCAAAUGAACUCGGAAGAGGAAGUUCAAAGGGAGCAAAAUUUUCUGUUCUGAUAACAGUGCUCACAUCAUUUGCAUUUGGAUUUGUACUAUUCUUGAUCUUUCUAUUCCUAAGGGAAAGACUUGCUUACAUUUUCACACCAAAUCCAGAUGUGGCUGAUGCAGUUGGAGAUUUAUCACCUUUGCUCUCAUUCUCCAUACUGUUGAAUAGUAUACAACCUGUCCUCUCUGGAGUUUCUGUUGGAGCUGGGUGGCAAAAAGUUGUAGCAUAUGUAAACAUAGGUAGCUAUUACCUUAUUGGUAUUCCUUUUGGACUAGUACUUGGUAAUCUUCUCCAUUUGCAAGUUAAGGGUGUUUGGAUUGGAAUGUUGUUUGGAAUUUUCGUUCAAACACUAGUACUUAUCACAAUCACAUGUAAAACUGAUUGGGACAAUCAGGUUGUGAUUGCUCGAAAUCGUGUUAACAAAUGGACUAUAGUGGAGAAGGACGAAUCUGUCAACGCGUCAAGUUUGUCUAUAUAAAGCUUGGUUAGAUAAAGAAUAUCAAGAGAUUUUUAGAGGAAAAGUAGUGAAAUAAAUCAUAACAAAGUUCUCUCUUGUUUUUUUAAUAGAAAUUAUGCAGAGUAUUAAAAUUGUUUGCAUCUUGGUUU